AUGCGCGUUCUUAAUAAAGCUACCGAAUACCUUCUUGCAGGAUUCCUGAGCUCAGGAAGACGCGUCACUGACAGCGUAGCAGCUUGCAUGGACAUACUGCCAAGAGUAAGGAAGUGUGGAGAGAUACUGCCUUUACUGGGAUCGGCGGCUGUGGGGCGGUGCGCGGCGGCUCCUCGGGCUGCUCCGGAGGAGGAAAAAAAGGAGGCGGCUGCUCCUUUUGAAGCGGGGGGAGCCCGCCCCGGCCCUUUCCGCGCUGGGGAGCUGGCGCUGGCGGAGUUGCGGAGGAAGCACAACACGACGCUGAAGCUGAUGUGCCGGCUAGAGGCGGAUUCGGUGUUGAGCAGCUCCAGCGGCAUCCUGCGCCACCGCGACAUCAUCGGGCAGCUGCCCGGGCAGGUGCUGCGCACCUCGACCGGGGCGUGGAUGCUGCUGAGGCGGCCCUCGCUGGAGGAUUACGUGCUGCUCAUGGCGCGGGGGCCCACCAUUUCCUACCCCAAGGAUAUAAGCGCUAUUUUAAUGAUGAUGGAUAUCCACCCGGGAGACACUGUUUUGGAAACUGGCAGUGGGUCUGGUGCUAUGAGCUUGUUUCUGUCAAGAGCAGUUGGGCCCAAAGGACGGGUUAUAAGUUAUGAAAUCAGGGAUGAUCAUCACAAUUUAGCUAAGAAGAAUUACAAGCACUGGCGUACUGCGUGGGAAAUAGGACGUAUGCAAGAGUGGCCAGAUAACGUGGAUUUCAUUCUUAAAGACAUUUCAAAAGCUGCUGUAGAUAUGAAAUCUGUAACACUUGAUGCAGUAGUUCUGGAUAUGCUUAACCCUCAGUCUGCUCUGCCUGUUGUACACCCAAGUCUGAAACAGGGUGGUGUGUGCGCUGUGUAUUUAGCCAACAUCACACAGGUUAUUGACCUUUUAGACAAAUUACGGACCUGCAAGCUCCCUUUUUUGUGUGAAAGGAUCAUUGAGGUGACUCACAGAAAUUGGUUGGUACUCCCUGCUAAAAUCAAGAAUUCCAAAUCAAGCCAAAUGGUGGAAACUCAAGAAAAUAUUGAAGAACCACCUCAAAAGGAAUAUGAAGAAAUCCACAUUCAGGAUCAAGUAUUUUUUAAAGAAAGUGAAUACAGUGAAUCUGACAAUGCUGAAACAUACUGCUCGGUGCCUUAUGUUGCUAGACCGUCUUAUUGGCAGGAAGCUCAUUCAGCAUUUCUUACCAAGCUGAGAAAGUUUCGACCACCCCUUGCCUGAUGCUGCUGACAUGUUAGCUGCUAAUUUAAGUAUUGUAUCAGAAUUAAAUAAAGUGUUACAAAGUACCUGCUACGUUUUGCAAGUUGUGU